CUUUCUACACGGCGGCCCCUCUCACCUCGGCCGGGAUCCUGCCUGUCAUGCAGUCCCUGUGCCCCGACGGCCAGCGCGACGAGUUCGGCUUCCUGCAGUAUUCCAACUCCACGGUGACGCAGCUCCUGGAGCACCUCAGCGAAGCGGUGGAGCAGAGCAGCCUCUUCGACCCACAGCACCCAGGGCUGGAAGAGGAACUGGAGUCGCUGCGCCGGCGCCUGGAGGCACUCAGCAGCAACGAGCCCAGCUCCAUGGAGACCCACUUCAGCAACCAAGCAGGAUCUGGCUUCACGCUGGCGUGGGCGGCCAAGGACCAGGGCGAGCUGCACCGCUUCCUGACGCAGAACCUGUCCCUCCCCAAUAGCACGGCCGAGCUGCUCCUGGGUUCCAGCGUUGACCUGCGGGAGGUGUACCGCCUGUUUUUCGGUUCGUUUCCUUUGGUACCCGAUGAGACCCAUGAGCGAGACCUGUGGGAUGGGUUUGGCCCCGGUGAGAAGAUGACGCAGCUGGAG